AUGGCCCAGGCCGGAAUAUCACCUUUAUCUAUCUCGAUAUCGACGAUUAUGCCUGCAGACAUGAUGGCUCAUCUUGGAUCAGGCCAAGGACAGCCCGGCCUCGUCAUGUAUGGUCUCUAUGGACUAGAUACGUUCGAGCACGUCGAGAUCGAUGAAUAUCAGGUUCCGUUCCCCAUCAACCGCCGUCGACCAUGCUCAAGCAGCUUUCCCAAGCCUUGCGUGUUCGACAGUAUGGCCUCCUCACCAUCACCAGGCUCUGUUACAACUGCGCCGUCCAGAGAAGGCUCUCGGAUCGGACGACCACCGCAAUGGACAGUUUCACGAUCACGAAAGUUGGCUAGGCUAUACCUCUAUACGACACUUUCCAUCGAGAGGAUUAUCCGGGUGCUUGAAGAUGACGUCUUCAAACCGAGGAAGAAUUCAGCUCAAAAGACGAUUCACAAAAUGCUGGACAACGACCCCCGGUAUCUUCGACCCGAGUCACGGAUUGAAAUGAACCAACGCAUCAGUAAUCUUGCUGCCUCUGUCACUCGCCGAAGAAAGAAGACGGCAGUUCCAGCCUACGAAUCAAGCCUUCAUGGAGCAACCAUAGACGCCUUGUAUGGCGAGAAGGAACACAAUCUGGCAAGGACUGAAAUUUCGUCAGUAUCCGGCUCAAGCCGUAGGGUAGAGGAAGGCCCUUCCUUUGACUUUGCUGGUUCGCCCGACGCACUCCUUAGUCCCAUUCGAUGGUCGAUACCCCUGAGCGCUCAGACGACAGACGUCACCGACUUUGCGGGCUCUAGUGACAAAGGUUCAGCCAUGGUCCAAGACCUCAAGAGGAGGCUAUCAGACUGUUCCACGGACUUCGCCCACCAAAUCACAUCGUUGAUUAGAGACUUUACUAUUGCUGGAAGUUCACAAGACGAAUUAUCUACUGGCCGCCGACCUUCUGCGGCUCUCAGUGACAGGUCUGGGCACGACGAACUUUCUGAGUUGGGGAUCAGUAACGAGCCAUUCGAAGCCUUCCCCGAGCCGGCCUUCGCAGUACCAGGAGACUUUUUGAGCGCGCACAGACGAAACUGUGCCGACUUUCCAGGGCAGCAACAUGGAGUCGGUGACUGUUGGUGCUCCAUCGCCGGUGAUACCUCGCUGGACCAGAACUCUUGGUUGAUGCCGACGGGUGAAUUGAGUGUGCGUGCACGCCAUGUUCUUAAUCAUCCUUCUCCAGGUAGUCUCAGCCUCCUUGACAGCUUCGGGAACACGCCUCUACACCUCUUCGCCACGCUAGAAGGGUACCAAGACACCCUCUUCAGAAUGGUGCUCAACUGCGAUGUCGAAACCCUGAAGAUUGCGAACACUGCUGGCCAAACGUUUCUCCAUACGCUCAACCUGGAGUGGUUCCUCAACCUUACAGACCCGUCGACACUACUGAAACAACUUCUUUCACACAUCAGAGACUCAGUUCCAGACCUUGUUCACGAGACCGAUGUGUAUGGACGCACCUUCUUUCACCGCGCCCAUUCCCUCGUCCGGGACCCAGAAGCCCUUGCCAACCUCUUCUCUCCGUUCGACUCUCUUCGGGCAGCCCGCCGUGAUGCCUUCGGCUUCAAUCCUCUUGGCAGCGGCAUCACGGGCGACCAAGGCCCAUAUAUUCCCCCAAGAAGAGGAAAUAACCUUUCACCUCAAGUUGAAUACCUUUCCAGUUCCGCUGGUCCUUCACGCGGUCAUUCUGCCUCUCCCAGCGACAACGACUCGUUCUUAGCCUAUCAUGCUCGUCUUGUCGAAGUCAUCCAGUCAUCCUACAACAACCCACAGGUGGAGGACGCUGAAGGCCGUAACGGAUUACACUGUCUUGCAGAGGCUAUUCUCAACCAGCAGUCCAUGAACCGCCAUGUCUCUUCUUCUGUCGGCGCCCCUUCCAUCCACCAGCGACCCAGUCUCAAACGAAAACUAGACUCUUCCAAAGAAUCAAUCACUUCUUUUCCAUCACCGUCGCCUUCCUCCACCGCUUCUGCUUCGACCGUCUCGAACGAAUCUACCCUCACGACUCGACUUCGCCAUCUCACUGGCCUUCUCCACCACUCGCACGUCGAUGUCAACGCCUAUGACAAGUCAGGCAACACACCUCUUAUGGCUUUCAUCACCCAUAUUCCAGACGACCAGGACGACAAAUCAAAGACAUUACUCGCCAUUCUUGAAACUAUCAUUCGAGCAAAGGGGUGCAAGAUCGAGGCUAGGAACAGAAGGGGCGAGACAGCCUUGUUGGUGGCGGCUAGGCUGGGCAGGAAGGUAGCACUAACAACACUGUUGGAACAUGGAGCCAAUGUUCACGCCCGAGAUGUGGAUGGGAGGGGGGUGUUGGAGGUGGUGGAUGAAGUUUGCAAGGGGGCUGGGAGGGGAGAUAGAGGGAAGGGUGCUGGCAAGGGGGACAUAAGCCUGUAUGCCAGGGCGGAGGCUUGCAGGGUUCUGUUGACUGGGAGGAGGGAUUGGGGUGUUGUUGGAAGGCCUGGGGUAAGGAGGGAGUGGAGGGUGUAA